GCAGAGCUGGUGCUCCGGCUGGGCUGGCCGCCCGGGCCGCAGACUGGAGCCAAGCUGGGUCUGAGGACUGUUCGGCUGAGAGGCUGCUGGAAUGGAGAGCCCCCUGGCAGACUGUGCUCAGGGUGGGCAUUUCCAUGUGGUCACUCCUCUGCUGGAGAGCCGGGCACUAUCCCAGGUGGCAGGCACGACCGUCUUCCUCAAGUGUGAGAACGUGCAGCCGGCCGGCUCCUUCAAGAUCCGGGGCAUUGGGCAUUUCUGCCAGGAGGCGGUCAAGAAGGGAUGCAGACACUUGGUGUGCUCCUCAGGGGGCAACGCAGGCUUUGCUGCUGCUUAUGCCGCUCGGAAGCUGGGCAUCCCUGCCACCAUUGUGCUCCCUGAGGGCACCUCCCCUCACGUGGUGAGGAGGCUGCAGGGGGAGGGGGCUGAAGUCCAGCUGGCUGGAAAGGUCUGGGAUGAGGCCAGUCUGAAGGCGCAAGAGUUGGCCAAGAGGGACGGUUGGGUGAACGUCCCUCCGUUUGACCACCCCCUGAUCUGGGAAGGCCAUGCCAGCCUGGUGCGAGAGCUGAAGGCAGCACUGGGGACCCCACCGGGGGCCCUGGUGCUGGCAGUAGGCGGUGGAGGGCUCCUAGCUGGCGUGGCAGCUGGCCUCAUAGAGGUGGGCUGGAAGCAUGUGCCCAUCAUCACAGCAGAGACCCAAGGGGCAUACUGUUUCAAUGCAGCCAUCAAGGCAGGCAAGCUAGUCACACUGCCAGACAUCACCAGCGUGGCCAAGAGCCUGGGUGCCAAGACUGUGGCCAGGAGGGCCCUGGAGUGCACGAAGGAGCUGGAGAUCUUCUCUGAGGUAGUGGACGAUGCCCAGGCCGUGAGUGCUGUGCAGAAGUUCCUGGACGACGAGCGCAUGUUGGUGGAGCCUGCCUGCGGGGCAGCUCUGGCUGUCAUCUACUCAGGCCUCCUGGGGAGGCUCCAGGCUGAGGGCCGCCUGAGCCCCUCCCUGGCCUCGGUCGUGGUCAUUGUGUGUGGAGGCAACAACAUCAACAGUCAAGGGCUGCAGGCCCUGAAAGCCCAGCUGGGUCAGAGCUGAGGGCCCCUCCUCCGGACGGACACACCCGCAGGUGGCCGAGGGGCCUCUGGGCUCGUGGAUGGCGCAGCCGCCUCCUACAGGAAGCCCUCCUGCUCCCUGUGACUCCCCGCAGCCCUGGCCAAUAAACCCUUUCUGAGUUGAA